AUGGAGUCAAUGAUAACGGUUCAGGGAAGUCUUCCGUAUCGUUUAACGACAGAUGAGCGCAGCCUUUCGAGUAUCCCCGAAUCCGCACCCUUGCCAAAUGUAUGCAGCAGUUGCGAUAAACUUGAUCUGAAGACGUUGGUAUCUCAAGAGACGAAGGAAAUCCCCAUCGGGCUCCUAUCAAACUACAACAACCCGAGCUGCCGAUUUUGCAGCCUUAUUUCCCAAUCGAUUCGCCAGGCAUGGGGUACUGAAUGGAACAUUGAACACAUCUGCGCAACAACACCCACUCCAGUCCGGCUCUACAUCCGCAGUCGAAGCCCCUUCUCCCUCAGAAAAAACGGUCGCAUCCAGCAUCCGCACCCGCGGCUCCUGCUGGCGAUAGACCUGCAGCCUCCCAGCUUCCAACGCAACAGGGCUCCGAUCAAAGAGGUAGACCGAGUGAGGAAUCGUUUCAUUAUCGCGGAGAUUGAAGCCCUGACGAAUUCUGUGCCAGGUCAGCCCCUCGGGGGGACUCUGCUUCCUCGCCGGGAGAUAGGGAGCCACAUAGAUGUUGAACUGGUUCGGCGCUGGUUGGACGAGUGCAAAAUGCACAAGCACUCGAGAGCCUCUAUCAACAAAAACGCUCACCUGUUCCAGAAAGAACGUCCGUUCCGGCUGAUUGACGUGGUGGACGAAUGUCUCGUCCUGAAGAGUGAAGUGUGCGAGUAUGUUGCUCUGUCGUACGUCUGGGGUCCUAUUCCGACUAUAUUAUCACACCGAGAGGACGGUUCCGGGACAGUGCCUAUCCUUCUUUGCACCAAGGGUAAUGUCGCUGCACUGGGUAUUCAUAAGAGUCUAUCCAAGCCACAGCAGUCGCCCCAUGGGCACUGGAAGAUCCCGCGUACGGUCCGAGAUGCCAUGGAGCUAACUCGACUGAUUGGGAUGCGAUAUCUCUGGGUCGACACUUUGUGCAUUGUACAGGACGAUCCGGACGACAAGGCCCGGCUGAUUGGCCGUAUGGAUGACGUGUACGAUAAUGCGACGGUGACGUUCAUCGCUGCAGCGGGCAGUGUCGCAGACGCAGGCUUGCGCGGGAUAAGCCCUCGAAAUGGACACCCGGUACAACCGGAGAAGAUUGUCCUCUCUGACGGGGAAAGGAUCAACCUUUCGCUUUGUCUGACAUCGUUGUGUGACGAGGUGCGCAGGUCGAACUGGAACACUCGCGGCUGGACGUUCCAGGAGCAAUGCCUGUCCCAGCGGGUGCUGUAUUUCACAGCCGAAGAGGUGUACUUCAACUGCUCGGAGGUGCAGCGGAGAGAAGGGUACGACCACGGCGAGAAAGAAGGGCGUCUCCGUGAUGUGCAGGUUAGAACUGGACCACCCAUGUGGAAUAGUAAGCUCAGGAAAGACCCGGAUCCAACGCCGUACCAUUACCUAGGGGAUGUUGUUGGACGAGACGAGGCCCAAAGGUAUCAGACUGCGGUGCAGGACUAUACGCGGAAGAAUCUUACUUUCCAGGAGGAUAUAUUCAAUGCUUUCGAGGGUAUCUUCAACCGGUUCAAACGCUCAGGGCCUGGGUCAGAUCUGGGUAUCCGCCAGGCUCAGGGUAUCCCGAUUCAGUUUUUAUACCAGGGUAUCCUAUGGUUUCCUUCAAAUGGCGCUAAGAGGCGUUCAUGUGGACGUACGGCUGAGAAGUUCUCGUCCUGGUCGUGGACUCCAUGGACCGGCGCGAUCGAAUUUGUAUUUGCGGAGAGCCUCUGGCUCUCCAGGAAUAUAUCCCAUGCGGUCGUCAAAAAUUCGCCGAUGUAUCCUGUGAUUGUCCAUUGGUAUUAUGGGAAGACAGAGCAGAGGUACUGUUCGCACAAUAUAUGGAUGGACGCUGGCGAAGAUAAUACGAAGGCGAAGCACACUACAUCCAGCGAGCUGACUACUGCAAAGAGCUAUCUCAAUGCCCGUAUUGGGAUAGACGUCGAUAAGCUGCUGAGCCUUUCGCACACUGCAACGGAGAUCACAAUGAAACUAUCAUCUGGCGACCUUGGCUUUUUCGGUCCAUAUAUGACAUCCACGGAGUUCCAUAUUACGGAUGCAACAACUACUGGCAAUGUUCACCGUCUGAAAAUGGGUGAUCACCAUGGAGAGUUCAGGUUUGACUGUGAGGACACCGACGUCGAUGAGCUUGUUCCGAUUGUUGCUGGCGAAACCAUUACCCGGCCCUCUGACACGUACUCGAUCCUCCUCGGUCUUGCUACGCAGAACAGCGUUUCGAGAAGGGUUGGAAUUGGAUUUAUCUACUAUUCUAAGGAGCAAAGAGCCACGAAUAUCCGCCUCUUCUCAAAGACGCACAUAACUCGGAGAAGGUCUAUACAUCGGACUCGGCGAGACAAACGACCACGAAAACGAGGUAUUCCCCGCAAAGAACAUAUACGCAGUUCUCGCUGCACGUAUAAAAUCCCGCGCUUCGUCAUUCCCAUCCCGCCGGGACUGUUCAAACGAAUCGACAAACGCCUUUUGCUCUGUCGUGGCCGCGCCAGCACGCACCGCGCACCGCGCCUCGCGGUACGUGCGCAGCGACGCGACCAGCGGGCCGAGCCGCUCUUCCAUAUACCGGACGUGCGCCUCGCUGUCCGCCAGGGCGCGGCGAUAGGCGACAAAAAAGUCCGGGUCGUCGACGAGACAUUCCGGCGGCGCGGUGCCGGGGACGUGGAGGCUGCCGCCGCCGCCAACGAAGACGAAGUAGGGGACUUGGGCCCACUGCACAGCGAGGACGAUCUUCCGCACGACUUCGAGGAAGGUCACUGCGUGCUGUCCGUCGAGGCCAUUGAACGCUUCGGCGAGCCCGGCAGUGGUUACGGUGUCGAGGUCCACGGCGCGGGGGGUAUAGGAGGGGUGUUCCCCGAGGCGCUCUGGGUGGCGGGAGAUGCCCACUACUCGGUGGCCGCGCUGAAUGAGCUCGAGGCAGAGAUGGGAUCCUCCGAAUCCGGCCGGGCCUAUGACCCCGACUGUUUGUACUUUGGGAGGCAUCCUGGAGAGCGGGUUAGGUUGAUUAUAGGGAAGAAUUGA